UAGUGAGGUAAAACGUGUGGCGUGGGAGGGGCCGGGAGUUAAAGGGAGCAGGCAGACAAUUGAACAACCACUUUCACUUUGAGCGUCUGAGUGGAGAACACAAGUGACCAGAGGGAGAAGAAAGGGGCCCGCGUCUCUGCUGCUUUAUCCAUUUAUUAGGUUUAAGGAACCCAGGAGCACUACAAUUUCAGGAAAAUUCCAGGUCCGUAGUGCAAGACAGAAAAAAAAAGGAGCAGAAACAAGCUCAGAAAACGAAAGAAGACUGCAUCCUCCUGGGGUUUUAUGGGAAAAUCCAAAAGUGAAAGAGAAUGAUGUGCUGUAAUUAAUGGACCAUAUUUUGGAAAGUACCAGAGGAAGCCAAAAGAAGAGAAUGAACUGAGGGAUGUGAGAGAGAGGACUAAACAUCGACCGCUGAGAGAGAGAAAAGGCAGAAGCGUGCUCUGUCAGAGACCUCAACAAGCCACAAAGAAGGAAACUUUGCCUUUCACAGAGUGACACAGCUGAAGAGUGAUUGCUGUCAACAAGAGAAAUGGAGAAGUGUCCAUUCUUGGAAAGAUAAAAUGCCAGGUCUACUCUUGCUACUGCUUUUCAUCGUCGACUGUGGCUGCUGUAGGUUUGAACUGAAAGGCGUCGAGAACAUAAAGGCCACAAUUGAGUCUAAUCCAACUGGAUUUCGGUCUGUGUUUCCUAAAGAUUAUCGUGUAGUGCACCACUACACCCGAAGCAUGUUGUGCGAAACUGAGCCGUGUUGCGUGUUCUCUGCAGCAGUGGUCCUUGUAGAAUCCUGGCAUGUGCUCCUCACAAACCUCUGGGAUCAACAUCUUAAUUACACUUUCAUCUUAGAGCUGAAGGAGACACUGGAUAAAAUUGUCAAUAGGAACAAAAAUAUAGAGCGGUUCCAGGAGGAGACCGAUCUCGACCAGUACCCCACGCUGUCUUCCUCCCCAGAAGAACUCUUAAAUCUAACAUUAGGACUUUUUGCUCGGUGGCUAGAAGUUGGUUGCUCACCUUCAAUUGAAACUUGUCUUCCACCCACGUUGCCUCCCUCUGUUGAAAGAAAGGACUACGGUCCAGUGAGGGUCAAACUGCUGACCACCCGAGCCAUUAAUAGCGAAGAAAACCAACCUGGCAAAAGAAUAGCCAGUAAACCACCAUCGUCCUGUGGAAGAUCUCUAUCCCUGCCUCGCUCUGCAGCUUUCUGGAGUCCCCUGUUAUUGUUCUUGUCAUUUGGACUCUACUGAUGGCAACAUUUCUUUUUUUUUUUUUUUUUUUGCACAAUAAUGCAAAUUUUAUGUGGCACUGAAUUAUCUAUUUUGAGUUUUUAUGCAGUAAGCUUUGCAAAAAUGAAGCGACAUGCAUUGGCUGAAUAAAAUACCUAAAGUCAAAUAUAAAUAUAUUAAACCUAUAGUCGCUCUAUUGAAGAAAAAAAAAAAGGUAUUUGUGCUUUUCAUGCUAACAGAAGAUCCAAACUGAGCUAGUCAGUGCACAUAAGCCAUCCCUUCUGGUUGCCUCACUGUUUACAGUUAAAUAUAGUAGAAGUUUAUUUCUGUAUAUAAAUGUAAAUUUUGUUCCUCUAGAUAUAUACAUUAUUAGCAUUUGGUUUAAAUUAGAAUUAUCCUGUAACUUUUAUUUAUUAUCAUUGUUUUGUUGUUUGUCAACAAUGGAAGAGUGCAUUAGCUUUUGUAAAUGAGCUAAAAAUCUGAGGCCGACAGUUUUUCUCGUCUCCAAGACAUUUAUAGGACAAUAAAUGUUGCUGGAUGGAUCAAUGUCCUGUUACACAAACUAAAACAGUAAAUAGCUUCUUUUCAUACAUGUUAUUUUACAGCUUUAACAUCUCUUAUUUUCUGUAUAUUUACUGAAAUUGAACAAAUUAUGCCUCAGUUAAUUGUUCGUCCGCGCUAGAGCACCUCGAUGCUUUGGUGAUCCCUUCAGCGCUGAAAGGAUUUUUUGUUUAUGCUCCUUGAUGUUGUGUGUACCUGCAGCGUGUAUUCAUGUCAGGUGGACUGUGACAGCAUUUUUUCUUUUCUUUCCAAGAUGCCAUCUUGCAAGUUGGUAGAAAAGAAGAAAGUUCAACGAUAAGCUGCAGACAAGGAUAGGAAUGCAUUGUGGCAACCUGGAUUUUGUCUGAACCUAUAUGAGGAAUAAAAGUGCAAUCUUUAUGCUAGCACUUGCCUCUGCUUGCACACACACCCAGAAAUGUAAGCGGCACCAUUGUCCUUUCAUCUGAAGUCUAUUCCCUAGUUGUCACUAUGGAAGCAACAUGUUUGGAGUACUUGUUUACUCUGAAGUUUUAAGGAGUAAAAACACAUUCGGAGGGUAGAACCUUUCACAGAGCCUGUGUCUUGUAUCAUU